GCCCGCUAUUAUCGUUGGGACGUCGGCCGGAGUUGGCUUUUCGACAGGGGAUUACAUGCACCCGUGCUACCUUUAUAAAGAAGCGACCAAAAAUGGAACAAACACAACUGUCCGUAAAUAUGACAUCUGUUGGUUAAACCCAACAACAUCGUUGUACAUUGGUACGGUUAUAGGCCCUGUGGCUUUCUGCUUAGGCGUCAAUGUCAUAGUAGCGCUCAAAGUAAUGCUAACACUCGGGAAGCUGAAAGCUCAAUCGCAACAACUUCAACCGCAGAAAAGUCGAGAAGCAGCUCAAACGUCAAUCAAGUAUAUUUCUUCGGCAAUAAAAGCGCUAGUGACGUUGCUUCCGGUGUUGGGAAUAUCAUGGGUGCUGGGAUUUUUCACAGGUGUUGAAAACUUAACCGCCUCCAUUGUGAUGAUGUAUAUUAACUGCGUUGUCAACGGUUUACAGGGGGUUCUGGUGUUUGUUUUGUAUUGUUAUCGUAACAAUGCGUUGAGGACGGUUCUGGAAAACAUUCGGUUGCGAAAAAUCAAGAAGAACAAUGAUAUCAACGAAAUGAUGACGGUUCCCACAAACGUCACUUCCACGUCACAGUGAUGUCACCAAUAUGUCACAGUAGUGAUGUCACUACAACUUCACACCAGUGCUUCACAUAUGUUGCCGAGCAUAAAGACAAUUUCCAUCAACGACGUUAUUUCUGCUUGAUCAACGUCCG